AUGUCAAAAGGCUAUUAUGUCUGCCAAAGAGCAGCUCAAGCCAUUAUAGCCGAGAUUGGACCCCUUCGCGUAUCCAGCGAUGCCCUUCAAGCCAUCAAUGUCUUUUUGGAUGAAUUUCUCGCGCUUCUAGUGAUCACAGCUGUUUCAUUGGAUCUUGUCUUGUUAAAAGCAGCCGUUGUGCAGUUACUGCCCUAUUCGCUUGGAAAGAAUGCAUUAGUUGAAGCCGAAAUUGAGCUGAAGAAUCGAAUUGCUGAAUCAGAAGCGGAUGAAGACGAGUACCAAAAUCAACUGGAUCUGUCUACCUAUGAAAAGAUGCGAUUGCUCAACGCUGAAUCUGUCAACCAAAUUAUACCCAUCCUGCAAGCAGCUUGUGCUGAUUUUUGUACCUUGGCAGCAGAGACACAUCACACGCAAGAAAAGCAUCAAGACACGAUUGCACCCGUUGUUGUCAUUUAUGUCACUGCUAUUGUAGAACAUAUUGCCGAGUAUAUUCUUAAUUCGGUAGCUAUGACUGCAGAUCAGACGGAUGCAGAACAUAUCAGAGUUAAGGAGGUGCUACUGUGUCUACUCGACGACCCUCAAGCAGGCAGUUUGUUUAGACGUAUGAAUUUAAAAGAAACAUUAGAGAAACGAGCUUCUACAUAUCCAAAUUACUUGCCUUCGCCUGUGCCUAGUCCUGUUUCUAUCAAAAGGGAUCAACUCAUUCAACGCCAUUCUAAUUCAACGACACCAACAAGUGCAGAUAUCACAAUGGACUAUCAUAAUGACCCUCUUCAGGGUGAAGACAGUAAUGACCUCGAUCCUCGUGUUACGCCUUCCUCAACAUGCUCCAUGCGCUCCAGUGAAAGUAUCAGUGAUCGCCCUCUCUCCAUUAUGAGCAACGGCACUGUCAAGUCAUCUGGCAGCAAGAGUCGAUUCAACUUUUUUGGCAGCAGCAGUAGCAGCAACAACAAGAAGAAAAAGCGUACUUCCACCAUUUCACUCAGUUUUUCGUCAAAUAAGCGCUCUACAUCUAACCCUCCUUCAAUUGCUUCACCAACUACGCCCUCCUAUACAACUGCAAGCAUGGAUUUUGAAGAUUUGAUGAGAUCAGGCACAACUAAAAAAGUGACAUUGACUCCCAACCGUUUAAGGUCUAUCGAGGUCAAAGAAGAUGACGUUACGCCAUGGAAGAAGCUAAACGAUACCAAGAACACCAAGAAGCAGCAUAGAUCAAAAAAGAGAUCUUCUGAAUCCUCUUCUUUUUCUUGCUCUUCGCCAACCUCGUCUCCUCCUCCUCCUCCUCCUCCAAUUCCACCACUUCCCAAGCUUAACCGUGACCAUCACACAACCACCCUCACCUCCAGUCCCAGUGCCACUGCAGCUGCUACUCUUGUGCUUGAUAACAACACCAAUAGUCCGCCAUUGACACCAGCAUCCAGUGUAGCUUCUCGUCCAUCUCAAAGGUCAAGACACUCGAUCAUUUACGAAGAGAAAUCCACUCGCUCCUCCAUGAAAUCCUCUUAUUCAACCAGCGAAGAUUUGCUUGUAGAAGAAACAACGCACUUGAUGAGAAACCCCUCCAAAAUGUCUACCUCUAGCAGCGUCUAUAGUCGGCGUAGCGGUACAUCAGGUAUUGAAAGACCUUCUAGCAUGGUCGUCAAGAGAGCCUCUAUGGGAUCAAGACCACCCUCAUUUCACGAAAAUGCUGCCCUGGAAAUCAUGGGUAAUACGCUUGUAGCUGCUGCCAAUGGCAUUUCCCUGGAAGACAAAAUAUCGCAGGUCGAUCAUCCACCACAUCAUCAGGAGCCUAGCAUGAUUUAUGUUCUGCCGUCUUCUAACAAUACCAAUGCCAAAUCCUUAUCAGGUCGCUUUGCACCAAGCGCAUCACUCAAGGCACGCACUGUAGACCGCGGCUGUCAAACGGAGCCAGUCAGUUUUCGCAUGUUGCAUAAAAACUCGGAGGUGUCAGCGGAUGUUGAGGGUGUGGAAGAUGAGGACGAAGAAUGGUUCCUUGAUCAAUCUGAAGACGAAGAGGAUUGGAGCGCAACACAGCAACAGGAACAAGAAGAAAAGGUCAUGGUUGAAUUUCUGCUUGGAAGUGUCUAG